AUGUCCUGGAAGCUCACCAAAAAACUGAAGGAGACGCACCUAGCACCUUUGACACAGGGCUUUGGUCGGUCGUCGUCUACCUCAACGAUCAAGGGCGACUCAAAUGGCGGUGGUGAUGAGACCCCGGUGGCCACUCAGGCCCCCAGCAUCCCCCCGACUCCCUCAACAAAUGGCAUCGUGGCCUCAGAGUCUCUCGUGUCCCCCCCUGUGGCUCAAGUGAACCCAGGUAUCCUCAUUGUCACCCUCCACGAAGGCCAGGGAUUGGCCUUAUCCCCUCAACUCCAGCAGAUUUUUAACUCGCAUUUCCAAAACAAUUCCUACGCUCCCUCGUCAAUGCGUCCUAACACCUCCUCUUCGUCACAUUCGUCGCAUGGUCAAGCCGGUUCCUACGUGCACAAUGCCCGACCGCAGUCCACCAGCGGGGGUAUCAAUGCCGCACCCACCAUCCACGGUCGCUACUCCACCAAAUAUCUCCCCUACGCCCUGCUUGAUUUUGAAAAGAACCAGGUCUUUGUCGAUGCCGUCUCGGGUAACCCAGAGGCUCCUCUGUGGGCAGGAGACAGCACCGCCUUCAAGUUCGAUGUUUCCCGAAAGACCGAGUUGAACGUGCAGCUGUACCUGCGCAACCCUGCGGCCCGCGCUGGUGUCGGUCGCAGUGAGGACAUCUUCUUAGGCGCUGUGAAGGUCCACCCUCGCUUCGAGGAGGCAGGCCAACCCUAUGUGGAAGAUCCCAAGUUGAGCAAAAAGGACAACCAGAAGGCGGCUGCCGCUCAUGCCGAGCAGGAGCGCUCGCGGGGUCAGUGUGGUGCUGAGUGGCUGGACCUUCAGUUUGGAAGCGGCUCCAUCAAGAUUGGUGUUUCAUUUGUCGAGAACCGGCAGCGUAGUUUGAAGAUGGAGGACUUCGACUUGUUGAAGGUCGUGGGUAAGGGAAGUUUCGGCAAAGUCAUGCAGGUCGUGAAGAGAGAUACCGGCCGAAUCUACGCCCUGAAGACAAUCCGCAAGGCCCAUAUCAUCUCGAGAUCUGAAGUCACUCAUACCCUUGCUGAACGCUCAGUGCUUGCGCAGAUCAACAAUCCUUUCAUUGUGCCCUUGAAGUUCUCGUUCCAAUCACCGGAAAAACUGUACCUGGUGCUGGCAUUUGUGAACGGCGGAGAAUUGUUCCAUCACCUGCAAAGAGAACAGCGAUUUGAUAUCAACCGUGCCCGUUUUUACACCGCGGAACUGCUUUGUGCUCUUGAGUGUCUCCACGGUUUCAAGGUCAUUUACCGUGAUCUCAAGCCUGAGAACAUUCUGAUCGAUUAUACUGGCCACAUUGCUCUUUGCGACUUUGGCCUGUGCAAGUUGGAUAUGAAGGACGAAGACCGAACAAACACGUUCUGUGGCACUCCCGAAUAUCUUGCGCCUGAACUCCUGCUCGGUAACGGCUAUACCAAGACUGUGGAUUGGUGGACCCUGGGUGUCUUGCUUUAUGAGAUGUUGACUGGCUUACCACCAUUCUACGAUGAGAACACCAAUGAAAUGUACCGUAAGAUCUUGCAGGAGCCCUUGACCUUCCCCAGCAACGACAUUGUCCCGCCUGCUGCUCGGGAUCUUCUCACUCGACUACUGGAUCGCGAUCCCCAGCGCCGUCUGGGUGCCAAUGGUGCAGUAGAGAUCAAGUCUCACCACUUCUUUGCCAACAUUGAUUGGCGCAAGCUGCUCCAGCGCAAAUAUGAGCCCAGCUUCCGUCCAAACGUGUCGGAUGCCCGUGAUACAGAAAACUUCGACGAGGAAUUUACAUCGGAGAAGCCGCAAGAUUCCUAUGUCGAUGGACCUGCCCUGUCAUCGACCGUGCAGGAGCAGUUCCUUGGAUGGUCCUAUAACCGUCCCAUCGCCGGUCUCGGUGAUGGCGGUGGUAGUGUCAAAGACCCGUCGUUUGGCAGCAUUCCUGAGUAA